AUGUCAGACGCUUUGAUCAAUGGACUCGCCGGAGCUGGCGGCGGGAUCAUAGCUCAGCUUAUCACUUAUCCUCUUCAAACCGUAAAUACUCGGCAACAAACGGAGCGUGAUGUGAAAAAAGAGAAGAGGAAGCAUGGAACUAUUGAGCAAAUGUGUCAGGUUGUUAAAAAUGAAGGAUGGGGACGAUUGUAUAGCGGAUUAGCGCCAUCGGUCGUAGGUACAGCUUGUUCUCAGGGUGUUUACUAUUAUUUCUAUCAAAUAUUCAGGGAUAGAGCUGAAGCUAUAGCUCGUGAACAUAAGAGGAAUGGAAUUGGUGAUGGAUCAGUUGGGAUGCUAUCGUCACUUUUGGUGGCUGCAUUAGCCGGGUGUACAAAUGUGCUGUUGACGAACCCUAUAUGGGUAGUUGUCACGCGUAUGCAGACGCAUACCAAGAACUCAAAGAAGUCUCAGCCUAGUCGAUCAUCCAUUGCCCUAGAUGAAAAAUCAUUAGAUCCAAUGGAGCCUCCUCCGUAUGGAACUGGCCAUGCGAUUCAAGAACUCUAUGAUGAAGCUGGAAUUGGGGGCUUUUGGAAAGGUGUAUUCCCAACAUUAAUCAUGGUGAGCAACCCUUCAAUGCAAUUCAUGUUGUAUGAAACCAUGUUGAAGAAGCUGAAGACAAAGCGUGCCUUGGUUAAGAAGGGUGACACUGGAGUCACUGCCUUGGAGAUAUUUCUCCUUGGAGCUUUAGCAAAGCUUGGAGCUACUGUUGUAACAUAUCCUCUUCUAGUGGUAAAGUCGAGGCUUCAAGCAAAACAAAUUACAACUGGAGACAAAAGACAUAAUUACAAAGGUACAUUGGAUGCUAUCCUCAAGAUGAUUCGUUACGAAGGGCUCCAUGGGUUUUAUAAAGGCAUGAGCACGAAAAUUGUGCAAAGUGUUCUUGCAGCUGCUGUUUUGUUCAUGAUUAAGGAAGAACUUGUCAAGGGUGCUCGAUUGUUGCUCACUAAGGGUGGCGCUAGUAUAAGGAAAACAAGGCCUGCCUGA